UACAAACAACCCAAUUUCCAGCAAUUAGGACCAAAUCUUACUACCAUCUCGGUCUUAAAAUUUGAGUAUUUGAAGAAGAAACGAAAACGAUUUGAAACUGAAUACCACCAAGAUCACCAUCACCAAACGUUACACCACUUUCAGAAAUAAUCGUAUGAUACUCUGGUAUCUUUCAGAAAGGAAAAUUUAUAAAAUUCUUCACCUUUCCUUGCAAUCCCAUCAUCAUCCCCAGAUCUUACUUCACCUCAAAACUUAAAAACACGAAAACCCUCUUCGCAAUCUUUCCCAAAAUUAGGGUUUCAAGAUCCCUUUUCCUGUUUCUUUUCUAUCCUCAUUGCGUCCACAACACGUUUUGUAACCCAAUUCAGGUUUCAAGAUUUACUUAUAUGGCAUUUGCAAGAUAAUAUGCUCGUUUGAUUCAGAAAAUGUCGAAGAGUUUGUGGUGGAUCGGUUGCUUUUUUAUUAUUCUACACUUAUCCUCCUUUUGGGUCUCUGGGAUUGAUGAUUUCAAUCAAGCGUUUCCUAUCAUUGAACCGGAUCCUGGUCAUACAAAACUCCGUCUUUCUAGUGAAGGACUGGAGGCUAUUCGUAGAAUAACUAAUCCUAUUGCAGCCGUGGCCGUAAUUGGACCAUAUCGAUCUGGAAAGUCUUUUUUGCUUAACCAGCUUCUCUCACUUUCUUGUUAUGAAGGUUUUGGUGUUGGCCACAUGCGCGAUACUAAAACUAAAGGAAUAUGGGUAUGGGGAACUCCGGUUGAGAUGGAUAUUGAUGGAGUGAAAACAUCUGUCUUUUAUCUUGACACAGAGGGGUUCGAAAGUAUAGGGAAAUCAAACGUCUAUGAUGACAGAAUAUUUGCUCUCGCAACGGUUUUGAGUUCUGUUCUUAUAUACAAUUUGCCUGAGACGAUACGUGAAGCUGAUAUAUCCCGAUUGUCAUUUGCUGUUGAGCUUGCUGAAGAGUUCUAUGGAAGAGUAAAGGGGCAAGAUGUGGCGUUUGAACCAGCAAAACUCUUGUGGCUUAUACAACGUGACUUCUUACAGGGGAAGUCUGUAAAAGAAAUGGUAGAUGAAGCUCUACGACAUGUUCCUAACCAUGAUGGUGACAGAAAUAUUGACCAGGUCAACCAAAUUCGGGACUCUCUAGCUAUCAUGGGCGACAAUAGCACAGCUUUCAGCUUACCACAACCGCAUCUCCAAAGGACAAAGCUGUGUGACUUGAAAGACGGGGAGCUUGACCAGAGUUAUGUCCAAAAGAGAGAGCAGUUGAAAGAAGUUGUUAAAUCUGUUAUUCGUCCGAAGAUUGUACAGGGAAAAUCACUUAAUGGAAACGAGUUUGUAUCCUUUCUUGAAAAGAUUUUAGAAGCAUUAAACAAGGGGGAGAUUCCCUCAACAGGGUCUCUUGUGGAGGUAUUCAACAAGAAAAUAUUGGAGGGAUGUCUGAAGCUAUACGAGGAUAGCAUGACGAAAGUGAUUUUACCGAUUCACGAGGAAUCUUUACAAUCCAUCCAUGAAGCUUCAAAAGCCGAAUCUCUGAAAUCUUUUGACGAACAACAUUUUGGCCGUCACCAUGCCAAGAAAUCCGUUGAAACACUCGAUGAAGAUAUCGAAAAGAUGUUUAAGAAUUUUGUGAUGGCAAACCAAUAUCAGUCGUCAAAACUGUGUGAGGCACUCUAUACAAAGUGCGAGGACCAAAUGGACCAACUUCAAGUACUCAGACUACCGUCGAUGGCCAAGUUUAACGCAGGCUUCCUUCACUGCAACCAAAGUUUUGGAAAAGAGUGCGUCGGGCCAUCUAAAACCAUAUAUGAGCAACGAAUGGUGAAGAUGAUGGGAAAGUCGAAGUCUUCGUUUAUAAAGGAAUACAAUCACAGACUAUUUAAUUGGUUGGUGGCCUUUUCACUUGUAAUGGUGAUCGUGGGUCGUUUUAUCAUAAAGUUCAUUUUGAUUGAGAUCGGGGCGUGGAUACUCUUCAUCUUUUUGGAGACGUACACACGGAUGUUCUGGUCACCCGAGUCUCUUUAUUACAAUCCCGUCUGGCAUGGUAUAGUAGCCACUUGGGAAACACUUGUUUACAGCCCUGUUCUCGAUUUGGACAGAUGGGCGAUACAGAUUGGAUUCGUCUCAGUAGUAUUGUUGGUAUACUGGCGGUGCUGUGCAAGGAGGAAACACAAGCCAAAACACGGGCCCCACUCAGUGUUACCAUUGUAUAACAACGCUUCAAGAGGUCGGGAUAGAUCAGAAUAAUAGGCCAUGAUAGCAUUUUGAGGCAAGCUUUUGACUAUUGAAAAUAAAAUGCAGGAAGAAAGCUGUGAUUGUGACAUGGGUUCAUGAUAUAUAAAUUGACAGAACAUCAUGUAGUUGAAGGAUUUGAUGAACAAACUGUGAUGUGUAUGUAACUUUAGAAUUCAAGUUAUUUAUAUGAUUGUAGAGGAAGAACCCAUUUUGUUACACUUUUGUCUAGUCUGACGAAGCUCGAGCUUGGUUCGUGAAAAAUGCUACAAGCUUCAGCUCGUAUAGUUUGUUAUUCAACUUUUUUUAAGAGUAAA